AUGCGUGGCUGUCAUCUCAUCAUACCUGCAUCGAUGCGACAAGACACUCUCGGAAGACUUCAUGCUGGCCAUCAAGGAAUAACAAAGUGUCGAGCAAGAGCUCGUGAAUCUGUCUGGUGGCCAGGCCUUUCUACAGACAUUGCUGAGAUAAUCAGCAGAUGCAGUGUUUGCAUCCAAGAAACAAAAGAAGUUAGAGAAAAAUUAAUGCCAUCGGACUUUCCAACACGUCCAUGGCAAAAGGUAGCUAUGGAUCUUUUCAAAUGCCAAGGGCGCUGGUACUUGAUCAUUUCUGAUUUCUUUUCUAGAUUUUUCGAGGUAGCGUUACUCGAAAGAUUGACGGCUGGUGUGGUCAUUAACCAUUGCAAAUCGAUCUUUGCACGCUUUGGAGUACCCGAACUGGUGAGAAGUGACAACGGAACCCAGUUUGAAGCAGUUCACACCUCAGAAUUCUCCAAAUUUGCAAGGGAUUAUGGAUUUCAUCAUGUCACAUCCAGUCCCCACUUUCCACAAAGCAACGGAUUCAUAGAGGCUGCAGUAAAAAUUGCCAAACUACAGCUCAAGAAAAACGCCGAUCCAUACAAAGCCUUGUUGGAAUAUCGUGCAAGCCCUUUAUCUAACGGCUACAGCCCAGCAGAACUUAUGAUGGGCCACCGCAUUAGAUCAACACUACCUAUGGUUCCAAAACGCUACGAGUCAAAAUCAGUCGAUUACAAUGACUUAAAAAGAAAGGAGGAUGAUAGAAUAGAAAAACAAACACUAAACUUUAACAACAGACAUCUUGCCGUGCAGAAGCAUGAUCUUAUUCCCGGAGAAUUAGUUUGGGUACGAGAUAAACGAGUGUGGGCUACAGUUCGUGAGAAGACCAAGCACCCUCUUUCUUACAUCAUCGAAACUCCGACAGGAAAACUACGUCGUAACAGCUUUCAUCUAACUCGAGCUCACCGAGCAGGAGAGAUAAUCGAUGAGACAGAGAAUGAUAUCCCAGACAUCACAACUCCAAUGAAAUCAGCUUCGUCGCCAGAGAAGACAUCAUCGCCGAUCACAUCAACGCAAUUAUCAACACCCCCUUCGUCACCUUCACAAUCAUCAGUACCAUCGUACGCGUCAGCAUCGUCAACUCAAUCGCCAUUAUCGUCAGCAUCGAUUCCUUCGUCUUCUGGGCCUACAAGUAGAAGUACCGAUAACCAAGGCUACCUGACUCGAUAUCAAUACUGA